AUGAUCGACUCCGGUGCCACCACCAACUUCAUAGACUCACGCUUCGCCACUCUGCACUCCUUGCCUCUAACCUCCAAACUGCUCGCCGAGACCCUCUUGCUCGCAGACGGCAAAACCCAAGUCGUCAUCAGUAAGGAAGUGCAGCUGUCGUGCCUCGUUGCAGAGCUCUUCCCAGCUGACAUCACCUUCCAAGUCACCGAUCUUGGCCCAUGUCCCAUCAUCUUGGGGCUACCGUGGUUAAAAGGAGCCAACCCUAGUAUAGAUUGGCAAUCUGGCAACAUCACCAUGCGAAGCCCUCCCCUAACCCCUUCACCGAUGGCUCCAUCUCAGUUGCCGUCACCCACCCUUCCAUCUGCAUCACUUGAUAUUGAUGUUAUCGAUGCUAUUGCCUUUGACCAGUCCCUCCAAUCGGACUGUCUCACCUCGGGUACUCUCUACCCCUCCCCCGUUCAAUCACAGCACUUACUCGCCACCACCACAACAUCCUCUGAUACCACCACAACAUCCUCCGAUACCACCGCAACAUCCUCUGAUACCACCAUGGCUCUCGCUUACGAUGCUGGUCUUCCUGAUAUCAUCCCCCAGGAAUACCACCAGUACCUCGAUGUGUUCAGCAGAGUCAAAGCUGACAAACUUUCGCCCCAUCGCACAUAUGAUCAUCAGAUCCCCCUGGAGGAAGGCAAAUCUCCACCCUUCGGACCCAUCUAUAGCCUCUCAGAACAUGAGCUCAAGACCCUCCGGGAGUACCUGGAAGAGAACCUUGCCAAGGGAUUCAUUUCUCCAUCCGACUCGCUGGCAGCUUCACCCAGCCUCUUUGUUAAAAAGAAGGAUGGUUCCCUCCGCCUCUGUGUCGACUAUCGAGGUCUCAACCGGAUCACCAUCCGUAACCGUUACCCACUACCCCUCAUCGAUGAACUACUUGACCGACUCCGCAAAGCCCGAUUCUUCACCCAUAUAGAUCUGCACGGUGCCUACAACCUCCUUCGCAUUGCCAAGGGUGACGAAUGGAAGACAGCCUUCCAUACCCGAUAUGGCCUCUUUCAGUACAACGUCAUGCCCUUCGGCCUCACCAAUGCUCCUGCCUCCUUCCAACACCUGAUGAACGACACAUUCAAGGAUAUGUUAGACAGGUCCCUCAUCAUCUACCUCGAUGACCUGUUGAUAUACUCCUCUACCCUUGAACAGCAUCAAGGACAUGUCUCUGCUGUCCUGGCACAUCUUUGCCAAGCAGGUCUGUAUGCAAAAGCAGAGAAGUGCCAGUUCUCCACUUCGCAAACCGAGUUCCUAGGGUUUGUGGUCUCGGAUCAAGGUGUCUCCAUGGACCCUAGCAAGACAGAAGUCAUCACCAACUGGCCGGUACCCACGUCAGUACAUGAUGUACAGGUGUUCUUAGGUUUCUGUAACUUCUACAGAAAGUUCAUCCCCCAGUAUUCCCAAAUGGCAUACCCUCUCACACAGUUGUUGCAUAAGGAGGCCCAGAGCACUCCUUUCACCUGGAACCAGGCAGCCCAACAUGCCUUUGAACAGCUUCGCUCUUCCUUCAGCACCGACACCAUCUUGCAUCACUUCGACCCUGCACGGCCAAUCAUUGUCGAAACUGAUGCAUCGGACUUUGCAGUUGCUGCCGUCCUUUCACAGUCAUUUGAUCAAGGCACUAGACACCCCAUCGCAUUCUUUUUGAAGAAGCUUGAUCCGGCACAACUCAAUUAUCCCAUCUUUGAUAAAGAGAUGUUUGCCAUUGUCGCAGCCUUCAAACACUGGCGCCAGUACCUUGAGGGUGCCAAGUUUCCUGUGCAGGUCCUCACCGAUCAUCGCAGUCUCGAGUACUUCACUACUACCAAGCAACUCAACCGUCGGCAAGCUCGUUGGUCAGAACUCCUCUCUGAUUUUGACUUUGUCAUCCAAUACCGCCCUGGUGUACAGGCUGGUCUUCCGGAUGCCCUCACUCGUCGUUCCGACAUGCGACCCAGGGACAAGGGCCCAUCACUGAUGCAGGAGCACAACCCAAACAACUUUCAGGCCCUCCUCAAACCUCAUCAACUCCGACUUGCUGCUACCGGCAUCCUCACAGUAAAGUCGGACAUUACUGACAAAAUCCGGGAGGCCCUUUCCGGCGACUCCUGGACCUCAGCGCUCCUGGAGCAAGCCCACCUUGGAUCCCUAUCACCUGGUUUUGCGAUCGAUUCCAGGAACCUUCUCACCUACCGGGACUCAACCUGCGUACCUGAUGUUGAUGACCUCCGACUCCUAAUUAUUCAAGACCGACACAACUCGCCUUCCGUUGGGCAUCCUGGUCGCAGAAAGACGCUUUCUCUUGUUCGCUGGUCCUUCUUCUGGCCGGGCUUGUCCAAAUUCGUCCACACCUUUGUUGAUUCCUGUGAGACAUGUCGGCGCAUCAAGGCUGCCCGGCACAAGCCUUACGGACACCUCAAAUCCCUCCCAGUUCCCCCUCACCCAUGGUCUUCCAUAUCCAUGGAUCUCAUCGAGCAACUGCCCCCAUCAUCUGGCUUCACUGCCAUCCUCGUUGUGGUUGACCGCCUCACAAAGAUGGCAACCUUUGUUCUGACUACCAACACAUUGGAUGCUCCCGAACUGGCCAAGCUUUUCCUGCGCCAUGUAUACUCGAAACAUGGUCUCCCCACCUCCAUCGUGUCGGACCGAGGCUCCGAGUUCACAUCCCACUUUUGGCGCUCCCUCUCUGCUCUCCUUGGCAUCAGAAACCACUUCUCCUCUGCUUAUCACCCCCAGUCGGAUGGACAGACCGAGCGUGUUAACCAGGUCCUUGAGCAGUACCUUCGUGGGUAUUCAAACCACCUACAGACCAAUUGGAGUGACCUACUUCCAUUGGCCGAGUUUUCUUACAACAAUGCUGAGCAUGCAUCAACUCAACUCACCCCAUUCUUCGCCAACUAUGGGUACCAUCCUCGCUUCAGCUUCGACAACACUGAUCCGGCCUCUUUGCCUCCUUUCCCUGCCACCCGCUCGUAUGCAGAUCAGCUAAAGCAGCUCCAUGAGUAUGUUCGUGGGGAGCUGGAUAAAGCCAACAGACGAUCAGCUGAACAGUUCGAUAAACACCGCCUUCCCUCUCCUCAGUUCCAGCCUGGCGACAGAGUUUGGCUGUCUACCGAUAAUAUCCGCUCCCUCCGCCCCACCAAGAAACUCGACUACCGCCGCCUCGGACCCUUCUCUGUCAGCGAGGUCAUUUCCUCCCAUGCCUACCGCCUCCAGCUUCCCCCAUCAAUGAAGAUCCAUAACGUGUUCCAUGUUGACCGCUUGGAACCCUAUGUCGCCAACACAAUCCCAAAUCGGGUCCAGCCACCACCCCCCCUGGUCGAAGUCGAAAGUGAUUUGGAAUAUGAAGUCGAACAAAUCCUCGAUAGCAAGGUUGAUCAUCGCUACCGCGACCCACUUUUCUACCUUGUCCGCUGGGUCGGAUAUGGGCCUGACCACAACUCCUGGGAACCUGCCUCCAAUCUCACCCAUGCUAGCGACCUGCUUGCUGACUUCCAUACAGCCAACCCCACUCGCCCAUCUCCUACUCAUUGCUAA